AGCUCAAGGUUGAAAGGAUAGAGAAGCGUGAAGCAAGGACUAUCAAGGAUCUCAUUUCUUCUGAGAAGCUAGCAAAGUAUGACUUUGGGCCUCUAGUGCACAAAAAGCUUCCAGUCCCCAUUAGAAGACCUACCCCCUCCGAGGACUCAGACUUCCUUCUUGAAGUUCAAGACCUUGUUGAUAUUAACCCCAUGGCACUUGAACUAGAUGAGAUUCUUAGGAUUAAGGGGAAGGAAGCUCCUGAUCCUCCUAAGGGAGAUCAGAUCCCCAAGGUCACUUCGACCAUUGAGGAAGUUUACCAGUUUCGAAUGAGCUCAAUGCUCUUCCACUUCUACUACCACAACCUCAAAGCUUCCAAAGAGUUUAGUGCUUCUCCACCUUUGCCAUCAUCAACCCUUGAGAGAAGGGCUAUCUCCCAUGCAACAAUGGCUUGCAACAAUAGCUUGGCAGAUACCUGGCUGUUGAGUAUCUUGCCACAAUCAGACAUCCAGAGGUCAGCCAUUUUUACCGCUAAUGAUGAGGUUGCGAAUGCCCUUCAUGGUCUUACAAUGGCUGCUGUUCAUGUCAAUUCCCUCCUGGGGCGAGUUCAUAGUGCUAAAAAGGUGGCUGAUGAUCGACUAUCUAGCCUUGCCAAUAUACAAAAUAAAGUGGAGGAGUAG